AUGAUAGCAAUUGGGUUGGAGGGUUCCGCGAAUAAAUUAGGAGUCGGUAUCAUCGAGCAUGACCCUGAAACUGGAAAAGUAACUGUUUUGGCCAAUAUUCGCCAUACGCAUGUUACGCCUCCAGGUACAGGCUUCUUGCCCAGAGAUACUGCGACCCAUCAUCGAGAACAUGUCAUCUCGGUGAUUCAGGAAGCCCUUAAGACCGCAAAUAUUAAAGUUAAAGAUAUUGAUUGGCCGGGAAUGGGUGCACCUCUAGUUUCUGUAGCUGUAGUCGCUAGAACUUUGGCAUUAUUGUGGGAUAAACCAAUAGUUGCUGUCAAUCAUUGUAUAGGACAUAUUGAAAUGGGAAGAGAAAUUACUGGUGCUAAUAAUCCAGUAGUUUUAUACGUGAGUGGUGGAAACACGCAGUUUAAGGAAAUUAUGUUUUUUGGAACAAAAUCGGAUCUCAUACAGAAAGAGUACAAAUUUGGGGUACUCGGAAUUUUAUCUAAUAUCGAAGCAAUAGCGAAUGAACAACUUUCCACUGGGCAUGUUACUCCUGAAGACCUUUGCUAUUCUUUGCAGGAGACACUUUUUGCAAUGUUAGUAGAGACAACUGAACGGGCGAUGGCACAUAUUGGAAGUCGAGAAGUUCUGAUUGUAGGUGGUGUUGGAUGUAACUUGCGAUUACAAGAGAUGAUGGCUCAGAUGGCAGAUCAACGUGAUGGAAAAGUGUUCGCUACAGAUGAAAGGUAA